AUGCCUCUUCUCUUCUUCAUCAUCGUCGGCCAACUUUUGAGUCUCGCACUGGCAGGCACUCAGAUGGAAUCCUCAAAACUAAAAAUAGAUGUGCAUGCGCACUACGUCCCAGACUUCUAUGCGCAAGCGCUCAGAGACGCUGGGCAUUCACCUGGGCCCGAUGGCAUGCCCGGGAUUCCCGAAUGGACGCCCGAGGCACAUCUCAACUUCAUGGGUGCCCAGGAUAUCGAGAAAUCGUACUUGUCCAUCUCCAGCCCGGGGGUAUACCUGUCCGUACCAUCAAAGUACGCGACUGAGAAAGCCAUCAAACUCGCACGUCAAGUAAACGAAUAUGCAUCAGGAUUAAAAUUCAAGUAUCCCGACAAUUUUGGCUUCUUUGCAUCCCUUCCCCUCCCAGAUGUGAGCGCGUCCGUCGAAGAAAUCAAAUACUGCUUCACCCAACUCGACCCGAAACCUGACGGCAUCGUGCUCAUGUCCAACUUUUACGGGAUGUACCUCGGCGACCCGGACCUCGAUCCAGUGUACAAGGCACUGAACGAGGUGAACGCCACAAUCUUUGAGCAUCCUACCGCACCUUGUACCGAGCACAACCACUUGAGAUUCUCAAUCGACGGAGAAGACCCCGGUAUCGCACCGCCGGAAUGGCUUACCCUGAACAGACCGGUGGCAGGACGGCAAGGACGAGCGCCGACAAUCGACUUCCCCUUUGACACAGCACGCACAUUUGCAGACUUAUUCUACUCCAAGAUUCCGACGCGAUUCCCUCGCAUCAAGUGGAUUAUGCCUCAUGCCGGCGGCGGUCUCGUUCCUACUCUGGAUCGGAUUCUCAGUUAUAGCACGCCCGAUGUCAAUCUCACGGAGUCGUUUAUGAAAGCUACAUUAGCAAAAAACUUUUACUUUGACCUUGCUGGACCUUGGCCGGUUAUCUGGGCGAUUCCUCCAUUGCUUCGGUGGGUGAGCUAUGAGAAGCUGUUGUGGGGGACGGAUACGCCUUUCACGCCUUGGGCCAUGGCUGAGGCUGGGAGAGUCAAGUUUGAUCAAGAUAUUGAGGAGGCUUUCAACGACACCAGCAAGGUCGAAGCUGUGAGAAGGAGCAAUGCUGCGAAACUAUUCGGAUGA